AUGUCGCCCACCCUUGAUCUAUCAACUUGGUCUGGUGACCAACUGGUCGAAGACUCCGAGGACGAGGAGUCACUCGGGGUCGCAAAGUUGGUGGAGCGCAAGCGACGCCGACAGGAGAGGAAGGCGGAAGAGCAGAGGAAGCGGGAGGAAGCGGCGGCAGCGCGACGAGCUGCCGAGGAGCGGAAGCGGAGGGAGCGAGAGGAAAAGGCAGCUGCGGCAAGGCAGGUGAAUAGGGCGUUUUACCAACAUCACCAGGGGAUCAGGAAUGAGGAAGCUGAUCGUUUGGUCAUAGCACAACUCUGUCGCGUCGGUGCUACCGACAGCGCCGGCAAAGAUGCCCUCGUGUGCCCGAUGUAUCUCGCGCGGCCUGAGGGGGCGAGGGUACGCUGCGUGCGCCCAAACAAACGCGUGGAGAUGGAGUCGCCCGUGCCUGCGAGGAAACGAGUAAGGAUGGAGUCUGAGGGAUCGGGGGUGCCUCAGGAGGAGGCAGAAAUGGGGCGUUUGGUUGCGCACAUCGCAGGCUCGCUCGCCGAGAUCAGCGAGGCAACUCGCUCGCUGGUUGCCCUGUUGGGGCCAAUCCUGGCUCCAGCCACACGCGUGGAAGAUACCAGCAGGACGGACGCCGGGGGAACCGCGGAGGAGGAGGCGGAGGCGAACGCGAUGGUUGAUCAGCUGUCUGAGGACCAAGACAACGGGAUGGAAGGAGGAUCGAAGAUCGAGCGGACGACAUUGCUGCCAGUACCGCCGUCCUUUCGUUUUAACAUUAAGUAUAUAUACGAGUACCCAACACCUCCGAUUUGGAAAUGA